AUGGCUCGUCCUAUCUUUAGCAUUUUAGCAGCUUUUUUGCUUAUUAUCGAGUUCCAUGACUUUGCUGGCUUCAAAAGAAUUCGUCUUUACAAGCCCCAUCACGAUGCGUUACAAGCACUGAAAGGUCAGGGCAUACAAGUGAUCUUAGGAGUUGGCGACGACGAAGUUGAAGCAGUAAGUAAAUACGCUGCAACGAAAUGGGUCAAAGACAAUGUUGUGCCAUAUGCAAAUCAAAUAACCAUUAUAGCCAUAGCUAUUGGACAUGAUCUAAUCCCUGAUAGUAAAUUAGCAGUUUACGUUCUUCCUGCACUGCAAGCAAUGAAAAAAGCACUGAUGCUUCUUUUAUGUGAUAUUUACCCUUAUGAAACUUAUCUAAUGGACUCUCACCUUGUCAGUUUAAAUUAUGCUUUGCUUAAUAAUACAAAUGUUGAGGUUGUAGAUGGUCCAUUCGGAUAUACCAAUAUGCUUGAUGGUUUAGUAGAUGCUUUUUACAGUGCAAUUGAUAAACUUGAAGCAGGAACUGUUAAGAUUGUUGUGAGUGAAACUGGGUGGCCGUUUUCCGAAGAAAUAUAUGCUUCUGCUCAAUAUGCAAGAACGUAUGCUUCAAAUGUGUUCAAACGGGGACAAGCAAAUACAGGAACACCGAAGAAACCUUCUUGGGCAUUGGAUGUUUUUGAAUAUAACUUGUUUUUUCAAGAUAAUGCUCCUCUAGAUAAGAAACCAUAUGCUUUAUUUUACCCUAAUAUGUCUGCCAUAUAUUUUAAUUAG